AUGAGUACUCCAAUUCAUUCAGAAAGGCCAAGAGAAGAUAAGAAAGAGAUGUUAUUUGAAAAUUUAGAUGUAAGAAGUAUUGAAUGGAGACCAUAUCGAUGUUUUGCAAUCCUUUAUUUAUUUAAUGCUACAAUUGCAUUGCCAGUUUUUACUUUAAAAUUGCUUUAUUUAUAUGUAGGAUAAAUUGCCAAAAGCAUUAGAUUUUUCAGAAUUGUUCAAGUAAUUAUUUAAUAGAAUUUGUUUUAGGGUUUAAAGGCAGUAAUAUUCUUCCUUUGUGAUCUUGCAAUGGCAUUAUCAAUUUUAAUGAUGUAUAUUUUAGUUGGAUUAAGAUAUAAAUAGACAAUUAAUUAUGAAGAUUGGGCAAUUUCUUGUUUAAUAUUUUUACAAUCCCAAAUUUUAAUGUCCUCUUAUGUUUUAACAAUUUCAAUUGAUAGAAAAGAAAUGAAUUUUGAUUUUCUAAUAUCAGAUGCAAAUAUGAGUAAGUUAGGUCUUGGAAGAUUGUAUUAAAAAUUAUUACAAUAAAAUCUAUCUACAGAAAAAUAGGAAGAAUUGAAAUAAGAAAAUUUAUAUAAAUAAAUUAGAGAUGCUAUGGAAACAGAAAAUAUUGAUAGUACACUAUAUUAUAUUGCACUUGAAUCUGAUCCUGGUAUUUGUACAAUAGAUGAUAUUAUUACAUUAAGUGAUCAUUCAAUUAUUGAAUUAAUAGAAAGAGCACGUAAAAUUUUAUAAGCAUAACCUGAUGUUCCAUUUGAGAGAAAAUAAUUUGAAUAACCAACAAACAAAUUAAAAAUAUUAAAAGAAUUAAGAGUAUUAGGUUUUCGUGGUUAUAGACAUGCUAUUGAUAAUUUCUUAUGGCCUCAUUAUGAUUACAUCAAAGUUAAAUAAGAAAAAGAACCCACAUCAAUACUUUUAAUAUAUUUAACAGUAUUGAUGGCCAAGGGAAGUUUUCCAUUAUAUUUAUUAACAUAAUCAACUAAUACUCAAGACAUUGAAUUUGUCUUCUUUUUAUGUUUUUUGGGAAUGUAUUUAAAUAUGAUCAUUUUACUUAUUGAUUUAAUCAAAUGUAAUGAUAUUUAAGGAAAAAGAUAUAUAUUGAAUGUUCUAUAAACAAUGAUUAUACCUAAUAAAGCUCAAGAUCAAAUUGAAGAUGAAAAUGAUAGUGGUAAAGAUGAAAUACCAGAUGAUUUACCUUACAAUUCAGAUUAUAAAUUAGAUUUUAGUUGUAAUUUGAGUUUAGAAUCUUGGGAUAAUAUGAGAAGAUUGACUUUAUUAAUAGAUAAUGAUUGGAUGGAUUAUAAUGAAGCUUAAAUAGCAUUUGUUUUCCUUUAUUUCAUAUACUUAUAUAUGAAUUUGUCUUCUGUAUUUCUAGACUUUGAUUUAAUUCCAGUAUUACAUUCAUUCUUUUAAGAUCCAAUUUUAGAAUGGAAUAUGAUUGUUGAUUUUACUUGUCUAGCUUUAUUAUUUUUAAAUAGAGUAUAUUAAGGCACAUUAUAUAAUUAAACUUUUGACAAUAUAAUUGAGUCUAUUAAAAAAAUAGAAACUGUUUAUGAUGAUAAAAAAGCAUUAUUUGAUUUCUAUUUUAGCAGUAAUUUAAUGGAAAAUAUUUAAAAUGAAACAUAUAGAAAAAUAACAUAAAAAAUAUAUUGUUCUGCAUGUGAUAAAGUUAUUUAUACACUUGCAUCAAAAGGAAUGUAAGAAUUACCUCUUUUAGUAAUUUAUAUAAUAUUAUAAUUAAUUAGGAAUUCUUAAUGCUUGCAAAAUCAUAAGCUAAAUAAAGAGUUUUUUAAUUAUGUGCAACAAUGAAAAAAGUAAAAGAUUAAAUUGAAUUUGAUAAUGAUAAUUAUAGCCAUAAGAUGCUUGGAAUAUAUAGAUCUAAUAUAUGGACUGUUAUCUCAACUUUUGGAUUUUUAGGAUACAUAUUUUUUCGUGGAAAGAUUAAAGGAUAUCUUAAUAAACAUAAGGCUAAACAACUCUGA